UUCCGCUGUUAAAGGCGGCGCGGAGCAGCGCGGCGGGGGUUGCCGUGCGGGAGGGGGAGCGGGCGGCCCCUUUAAACUAUGCGCGCGGUGUGCGGGCGACCAUGCAAUGGCGGUCGGUGCUGCUGGGGCUGCUGCUGCUGAGGCUGGCGCUGCAGGCGCUGCUGGCGCUGCUGCCCGCGCUGGCGCCCGGCCUCUGCCUGCGCCGCCGCUUCCCCUUCCCCUUCCCGCCGCCGCCCGGCGCCGCCGGCUCCUCGCACUGGGGCUCGCUGCUGUGGCGGGACGGCGAUGGCGGCGGGGCGGCGGCGGGGGGUGACGAGUACGAGCGGCGGUACAGCGGAGCCUUCCCGCCGCAGCUGCGGGCCCGGCUGCGCGACGCCGCCCGCGGCAUGUUCGUGUUCAGCUACGACAGCUACAUGCAGCACGCCUUCCCGCGGGACGAGCUCGACCCGCUGCACUGCCGCGGCCGCGGCCCCGACCGCCGGGACCCCUCCAACCUCAACAUCAACGAUGUCCUGGGGAACUACUCGCUGACGCUGAUCGACGCGCUGGACACGCUGGCGGUAAUGGGAAACUCUUCGGAAUUCCAGAAAGCAGUGAAGUUGGUGAUUGACACAGUUUCAUUUGAUAAAGACUCAACAGUCCAAGUUUUUGAGGCAACAAUCAGGGUUUUGGGAAGCCUGCUUUCUGCCCACAUAAUAAUCACAGAUACCAAACAGCCUUUCGGUGAUAUGACCAUUAAGGAUUAUGACAACGAACUGUUGCAUAUGGCUCAUGACCUAGCAGUGAGACUACUUCCAGCCUUUGAGAACACCAAAACUGGAAUUCCAUAUCCUCGGGUCAAUCUGAAGAAGGGGGUACCUCCAGACAGCAAUAAUGAAACUUGUACUGCAGGAGCCGGUUCCUUGCUGGUGGAAUUUGGGAUCCUUAGCAGGCUGCUUGGCGAUUCCACGUUUGAAUGGGUGGCCAGGAGAGCUGUCAAAGCACUUUGGAGUCUCAGGAGCAAUAACACUGGGUUGCUAGGAAAUGUUGUGAAUAUUCAAACCGGUCAUUGGGUUGGAAAGCAAAGUGGAUUGGGAGCAGGAUCGGAUUCAUUCUAUGAAUACCUUCUGAAGUCUUACAUCCUCUUUGGAGAAAAGGAAGACUUGGAGAUGUUCAAUGAUGCUUAUCGGAAUAUUCAGAACCACUUAAGAAGAGGUCGAGAAGCUUGCAAUGAAGGUGAAGGUGACCCUCCUUUGUAUGUUAAUGUAAACAUGUUCACAGGACAGCUGAUGAACACGUGGAUUGACUCUUUACAAGCCUUUUUUCCUGGACUACAGGUAUUGAUAGGAGAUGUGGAAGAUGCUAUUUGUCUCCACGCUUUUUAUUAUGCCAUAUGGAAACGAUAUGGAGCUCUCCCAGAAAGAUACAACUGGCAAUUGCAAGCACCGGAUGUUCCCUUUUAUCCGCUGAGACCAGAGUUAGUGGAAUCCACAUAUCUUCUUUAUCAGGCCACAAAGAACCCGUUUUACCUUCACGUGGGGAUGGAUAUUCUGCAGAGUUUGGAAAAAUACACAAAAGCGAAGUGUGGCUAUGCCACAUUACACCACGUUGUAGAGAAGACAAAGGAAGAUCGAAUGGAGAGCUUUUUUCUCAGUGAAACAUGUAAAUACUUGUACCUGUUGUUUGAUGAAGAAAAUCCAGUGCAUAAAUCUGGAAAUAAGUAUAUGUUUACUACUGAGGGGCAUAUUGUGUCUGUAGAUGAACGUUUUCGUAACUCACUGUGGCAAGACAUCCUCCCUGGAGAAGAGGACGCUGCAGAAAAGAUUAAUGAGUUAAAGGCAGUCAACUUCAGCUCUAAUUGUAACAGAGUUCCUGAUGAGAGGAGAUACUUGCUGCCGUUGAAGAGUAACUACAUGAGACAGAUUGAUCGAAUGGUGGGCUUGAUCUGAAUGGUUCUUCAGAGUAACUUUUACUGUAUGUCAGGAGGAGCAUGGGAUUUGACUGUAGACAUUCCUCUCCUCUUCAGCUACACACCUGCAUAUGCUGAGUCACUUGGGUUUUCCCCAUGCUUGUUAGUUUUCAGUUAUGGAUGUGAAGGGAGAUCAAGUUCUCUUACGAGUUCAGUCUUCUGAACUGUGGUAACUUCACAUGCCACCUGAAUAGAGAUUUCUUUAAGACUUCCUAUGAAAAAUGUUGGAAAUGAAGGCUGGAUAUACUUAAAAAAAAAAAAUUGGCAUGUGCCACUUAGCUACCUCUUUGUAGCUGUAUUACGAAUGUCUCUUUAGAAAAGGGUCUGGUAUUUAAUUUGAAAUGAUUUUGGGAUUGGGGAAGGAAUGGGAAAGUGCAAUUUCUUACACCAAGUUUUGACUAUUGAAUUACUCUGACUAGCAAUACACAACCUUAAGUACUACUCAGGUAGGAACCCACUGGUAAUGGGUUUUGGUGAAACAAAAUCGCUCUAUCUAGAAUAGUAUCUUGAAAAGAUAACUUCUGAUCAUGUAAAAAGCUAUCAGUAUCGUCAUGAUAUCCCUCAGUUAUAUGGAACUGCACAGUCUCAAGAGCCUGUAGCUGCAGAAACCAGUAAUGAAACAAAUCAGGUGCCUUUUUUUAUAGGGGAAUGGAGGGGGGAGGGAAGAGGAAAUUGCCACUCAGCUUUCCAAGCAGCUAACUUGAUAUAGCUUAGCUGAGCAGAAGUUCCAAAAGUUGCGUUGUCUGCCAUGUUUUCAGUGCCUUUUCCAGGGAGAUGCUGCUAAGAACUGGUAUAACAGUACAUGAAGAACAAACAAUUUCACAUUCCUGUCAGCAUUAAUAUAUUAGUGCCUUAAGUUUUAUUCUCUAGCAGGAAAAAUUGAGCUUGUUUGGGAAGAUGGAUAAAGUAUUUCUGAUCAGCUGGUUACAAAAUACAGCUGGAUCCUAAAGUAACUUAAAAAGUAACUUGCAUAUGUGACAGCUUGUCUUUUUCUAGGAUACUGGAAGAAUAUCAACCUCUGUGCCCAUCCCAAAGAAUAUUUCUGAAUUUUAUUAAUCUGGGCUGAAUUUAUUCUCUGCGUCAUUGCAGUUAGUAAAGAGGCUGCCUCUGUAUCGUCCUAGAGGUGGAGGUAGAGGUCUGAGUGUGCAUUGUGCCAACUUCCCUGUGCCUGGACAAACAGAACACCUCUGUGCUCUACAGUUUAGUACAUGCCACUGUGAUGGGUUCGUCGCUGCAGCAGCUGCCAAUGCUGACUGCAGUGUUACCUGUGCAGUGUACCUGUGGCCUGUGCCUUGUGGUUCCAGUGAGGAAUGGUGAGAACCUGCGGUUGCUGCAUCCCACCUUCUUGAACUGCAGCUCAAAUAUGUUUGAGGAGAAACUAUAGACUUUCAGGAAAAGAGCAGUUAAAUUCAAGCAGGGUUGUUGAGGGUUGAAAACAAGCGAGGCCAAAACAGCUUGUUCUAAAUAUAACAGAUGUUUGGUUUUUUAUUGGUUUUGGUGGUGGUUUAUUUUUCGCCAGUGACUCCCUGUUGCUUACAUGCUUUUUAAUUUUGACAACAGUUGAAGUAGCUGAAUGUUACUGUUGGGUUAAUUAUUUUUAAAUUAAGGCUUAAAUAUAAGGGCAAACUUGAUCUGCUGUAUUUUCACGUUCUUAUAACAACAUCGGUUUUCAUAAACCAGAUGGUGCAACUCAGAGCAUUUCUAAUAAAUAUGGAGUGAUGAAGAGGUUACUGUUUGAAUCUUUUAGUAUACAGAUGCAUCUCAGGGACUUCGUUAUAGAUUCUUCUAUUCCAUUAUAGUUGGAUCUUGUAUUCAGGCAAAAAAAUAACAAUCCUGUCUUCUUAGUCUUACUGUGUGUGUUUGAAUGGGAGGGAGGGUUGGAGCGGGGAGAAGGAAAUAUGUUAAGAUUUCACAAAGUAUUGCAACAGAUGGUUGCCUUGAUUCAAUUCAAUACAGGAGCUACAAUUCCAACUCCUGUAGAAUUGGCUUUGCAAACCUGUUACUGGAAUGUCUUAGUUGCCUAUUUAAAAGUGAAACAUAAAUUCAAGGUGUUACUAUCCAAAGAGGUAUUGGAGAGGUUCAAGGCAGAGCUUCUUGGCCAGUAAACAUUGCCUGGGCAUGCAGGUACACUUCAAUCUGUAAUCCUGUAAAGAAGUGCAGGAGGAUGCUUGAAGGGAAGUGCUUUCUGCCGACUGAGGGAGGCAAAAAUAUCUAGGCUUUCUGAAAUGCUGCUGCUGGGCCAGAUCUUCUAAUUAUAGCUCUAAAAUGACAAGUGCUUGGUAGCCUGGAAGCCAAAUGCAGUGUUCCACAACUGGCCAUUUAAAGUCAUGGCAUGAUGGAUGCUGCCCUGGGUGUGCUGGUGGCUGCUUCUGGUCAUGAUUUUUCCCUGCCUUGCAGUUUAGCUCUCUGAACGUGCAUUUCAUUUCCACUCGUAACUGCCUCUCAGUGUUUUGUGCCUUCUGCAGCACCUGAGCCCUGGUAAGGGUUCCAGCUGAGUGUUACGUACAGAAAUCUGUUUCAGAGUUUUCCUCAGCGAAUUACACAGCUAUAAUGAAGUUGCACAACUGUUCUGCCACCGUGAUUUUCCCUUCGUUUGUAUAUUGCCAGAAAUAGAGUGAAAGGUAGAAUGGAACAGUAUUGGCAGGUAUCACAGCUUUUCAGCCCUUAGUGACUUGGACCAUUAGUUACAGUGCCAAAUAUUAUAUGGUGAGCUUCUUGUUAGAAACCGCAUUGAAAUUUGUGUUGUGAAGGUGAUCAGUCAUCUUUUGUAGGAACAGUUUUUGUCUACAAGGAGACUGGUGCUGACUCCGUGGUAAAAGACUUUGUAUUCUUUACAGAGCCAACUUUUCUUCCUCUUUGUUUUAAAAAUGCUUUGAUACGUUUUUAGUCUGUAAUGACAGGGCACAUGCUAUGCACUAAAAUUGAAUCUUUUAUGUAAGUCAGUGAUACCAAAAUGAAAUUGGUAACACUGUUGGAAUAAGUUGCUGAAACAGACUUUUGUAUUUCUUGGUAUAAUGUGCAAUAUCAACUUUUCCUAAUUAAAAAUGCAAUGUAUGCGUAAUUGUUUUUCCAUGAAGUAUUUAAUUGUGGAUGGGAAAUCUUUAAAAGGACCAAAUGCUCUUCAUGAAAUGUCCUGAAUUUUCAACACUGAGCUUAAAUUUUAUGAAUCUGCAUUAAAAAAUAGUGUAUUUGACCAUU